GCCUUGUGAAGUGAAUCGUUUGUCCAUAGUUCAUCAGAGCAGCUAGGGCCUUGCAUCGACUGGGAUCCCUCAUCCCGGCACACAACUUUUGAACUGAGGAAUUCCAAUGAACUGAGUGGAACAUAACUAAAAGAACUCCACUUCGUUAUUUAUUUAUCCAUAGAGAGCGAUCGGAUUUUACAUUAUUUUGAGCAGAAAAAAUAGGUUCAUAAUGGCCUUCAAAUGUCAACUAGUUCUGCUAGCCAUUACAUUCCUAUUAGCACAGUGUUCAGGGUCACUAGACAAGAAGGAUAGUACGACAAAUCACUUAGACGAGAAGAAAACAGAUUCCACAGAAGCACAUAUUGCACAAGAAACAGAAAUUGUAAAACAAAAUUCCGAUAUUGGCUCAGUUGAAGACAAUUCUAAGACAGAAGAGAAGAAGAGGUCCGCCGCCCCCCAGCAACCUGGCCUAUGGGGCAAACGUCAAAAACCCGGAUUAUGGGGAAGAUCUGCUGACGCACAACAGCACGGCCUCUGGGGCAAACGUCAAAAACCCGGAUUAUGGGGAAGAUCUGCUGACGCACAACAGCACGGACUCUGGGGCAAACGUCAAAAUCCCGGAUUAUGGGGAAGAUCCGCUGAACCAGGACAGCCCGGACUCUGGGGCAAACGCCAAAAACCCGGAUUGUGGGGACGAUCUGCAGAACCACUUCAACCUGGUCUCUGGGGCAAACGUCAAAUCCCCGGAUUGUGGGGGGGAAAACGUCAAAACCCCGGACUAUGGGGAAGAUCCGCUGAUCCAGGACAGCCUGGCCUGUGGAGCAAGCGUCAAAACCCCGGAUUAUGGGGUAGAUCCGCAGACGCACAGCAGCCUGGACUAUGGGGAAAACGCCAAGAUCUAGACUUUGGCAUGUGGGGUAAGCGUCAGAGCCCAGGACUAUGGGGAAGAAGUGCUGACCCCGGUCAACUUGGACUUUGGGGAAAAAGACAAUCACGCAUUGGAUUAUGGGGAAGAUCUUACGAGCCUCCACAAUUUGAAGAUUUAGAAGAUUUAAAGAAAAAAUCAGCAAUUCCUAAACCAAAAGAACAAUGAUAUUUUCCUAGGACAUUUAAAGUUAUCCUGAUCAUCAAUCCCCGGACGAGAAAUACAUUUCAAGUGCUUCUCUGCAGCACGAUUGACAGUUCCAUUUCCAUUACAAAGAACACAAAUGCCACGUUUCUUUAAGAUAAGAAAUCUUAUUUGUUUGAAUGCAAAUACACUUCAGGUUUUCACACAAAACUAAUACAAAAGUCUUAAACGUGAAUAACAAACAAAAAAGGGCGUAAGAAACCAGGUUUUUGUUUUAGAAUUUUUAAAUUGGUUCUGCACGUCAUUGUUAGCGGUCGGCAAUUUAAUAGCAGCCCUUUGAAACACUGUAAGUAGUCAUUGAAUGCACAUCUACGGCAAUAAAGAUCACAAAAUGGUCUUGUAAUCUG